AUGGCAAGUUUUGGAUAUGGUAGUGUUCUUUUUGCCCUCACUGGCGCCGAGUUCUUCACCAGACUUUAUGGUUUCACUACUCCUCAAACGGGCCUAAUGCUCAGUGUACCCCUUUUAAUUGGUGGAGUUCUUGGAGAAUUCGGCGCCGGAUGGAUGACAGGUUGGUUAUCGAAUCGAUAUGCCAAGAAAAACAACGGUGAACGACUUCCCGAAGCACGGUUAACUGCGAUUUGGGGAGCAAUGCUUGUACCAAUUGGCAUCAUUGUAGAGGGAGCGUGUCUUACUUAUUAUGAGACCGCUAGCUGGGUUGGUAGCGCUUUUGGCAUGGGCCAGUCUAACAUGGGCCUCCAGAUUGCAACAGCUAUUUACGCCUACACCACUGAUGUAAGUGGCACCUUUAUCCUGCUCCCUCUUACGGACAAGAUUGGUAUUCAAAGUACUUGGGUUUUUCACUGCGCCGGCAUUAAUUGGUUGUAUUCUCCGGCUUGUACCGAGAUGGAAAGGAUCGUUAUGGACUGGGUUGCAAAGGCUCUGGGUCUUCCUGAUGUCUUCUGGAGUUCGUCUUUGGGAGGCGGCGUGAUUCAAAACAGUGCAAGUGAUGCUAUUGCCACCACUAUCAAGGCCGCAAGAGAGAGAAGCCUGCAGGAACUGACGCUUGCCGAAGGCUUGAAGGAAGGCAUGAAAGAAUACGAGGACAGAAAAAUGGAGCUGCAGUCUCGACUUGUGGCCAUUGUUAGCGAUCAGACGCAUAGCAGUGGAGCUACAGGUGCCUUGAUUGCAGGAAUUCGGUCUCGCAGCGUGAAGACACACUUGAGAGAUAACAUGGAGAUGACUGGCCAAGGUCUACAGGAGGUUUUGGAAAAGUGUGAAAAGGAUGGAUUGAUUCCGUUCCACCUCAUCAUGACUUUCGGUACCACCAACACCUGCAGCUCGGAUCGUUUUGCCGAAAUUCAAUCGGUACUGCAGGAAAAAAAAGCCUGGCAACGGAUUUGGGUACAUGUUGAUGGAGCCUAUGCUGGAGCCUCUCUUGUGGCGGACGAGUGGCAGUACAUUCCUAGUGACUUUGUGCAAGGCGUUGACAGCUUCAAUAUGAAUACGCACAAAUGGCUGUUGGUCAACUUUGACGCAAGUGCUCUAUACGUACGGAAUCGCAACCAUUUAACAGAUGCCAUGGAUGUUACACCAGCAUACUUACGAAACCCUUACUCCGAUAGGGGUACGGUCAUUGAUUUUCGGAACUGGUCAUUUUCUCUCGGAAGAAGAUUUCGUGCACUUAAAAUCUGGUUUGUCUUGCGAAACUACGGCUUAAAAGGCCUUAAAGCCCAUAUCAGGAAGACCAUUAAUCUGGGAAUUCUUUUUGCUGAAUUAGUGCGCGGCCGGCCCGAUUUGUUCGAGAUUGUCACGAAGCCGGAAUUUUGUGUGACUGUUUUACGCAUCAAAAAUCCGAAGAGAUUGACAGGAGAUUUGGCUAUACUAACCAAAAGUGUGUACGAGUUGAUAAACUCACGUGGAGAAACAUUCAUCACUUCGACCAUCAUUGACGAUAUAUACGUCAUCCGCUUUAUAUGUGCCAACCAAUCGCUAGAAGAAAGAUUUGUGCACAAUGCCUUUGAAAUACUUGUUCACACAACUGAAGAGGUGAUGGGACAAAUUUAA